AUGGACUGGAAUGUAAGACCACUCCAGAAUGCUGAUGCAAAGAAGAACCUGCAAAGUGAAGACGCAUGUUACACUCAAUUCCAUUCUAAUGCACAUGCUUUUCCUCAGACAAAUACCUAUUCCUCUAAAAAUGCAUGCACUUAUGCUGGAAAUAACCAAAUGAUGUAUCUGCCAACUAGCAAUGUUGCCUUCCCUCUUGUAAAUGCUGAAGGAUUCAGAACUUCAGAUCAGGCCUUACUAGGAGCAGCUGUAGCUGGUAAUGAUUUUUUUAUGUCGAAAUACUCAGUUGAUCAACGUCCACCAUCCUGUGUACCAAUAGCUCCAAAACCUCCCAACGAGACAUCACGGUUGCGGGCAGAGAUGACUCAGACUUCUUGGCCAAACUCUAAUGCCUAUAUUUAUUCCCUUAACAAGUUACCUCCCCUGUCUCCUCAAAUGAACGCUAGAAAUAACGUGAGGAAUGUACUUCGGGAACCUCAGUAUGUCACCACAGAUGGUUACACUGUGCAGCCACAAAUACCGCAGCAUAAUUCUAUGAGAACGACAAUGUUAUAUCAAAGUAACAUUCAUUCCCAGAAUUCUGUGUCUCUUGGUACCUCUGGGCAACAUGUCCAAAACCACAUAUAUCACCCCAACACUCAGUUUAAAGUUUUACACUCACUGAAUCAAAAUAGUGAAGCAAAUGUACAGCUGCUACAAUAUCGACCAAAUCAGACGGGACCAGAAGCUCUUAGUGGAUGUUCUGCACCAUCUUUGUUGCCUGCCAACUGUGAUUCAAGAGCUGCAGCACGAUCUUCAAUAAGUGUACCACAGGCAGUUCAAAAUGUGCCUAAUGGAUACACCCUUAGCCAACAGAGGCACCCAUCGGAUCCAAAAAAUGCUACUGGUUUUAACAGCGUUCAGCAACACUGUCAGAAACAGCAAUCUGGAGAAGUCAGUCAGUCAGUUAGGAAUGUCUAUAAUUCAGGUGGAAAUGUGACAGCAACUCAGCCUUUUAAUGAAACGUCUGUGCCAUCCUCUGGUAUUUCCAAAGAACUGUAUGAUGUUAUGCAAGAAAUGGUAACUCUUUCUUCGGUGGCUGCUUCGAAGCAGCCACCGAGCGGUCCUGCUUCAGUUCAAGAAAGCCAGACCAGUACUUUAAAGAGUGGGCCUGUUAAUUCUCAAAUUGCUUCAGCAGCAGCAGAUGAAAGAACAGUUAUAAAGGACAGACUAGCUUGGGAAGCUCAAAGGCUGCUCAGUAUUAAAAAAAAAUUUGUCCUGCUUGAAAGGAUGCAUCGUUAUAGAAGAAAAUUGUUAACAGCUUCAGAACAUCACAAAAGUACUCCCCCACCUCCUCCAUCUUAUGAAAGUAGUCUUACUAAUCGUCUUCCAUGGGUGCCCAACCAAAAUGUACCACCUUCCCCAUCUAAAACAGCGAGGACACAGAGUCCAAUACUUAACUCUUCACCUGAAGAAAGAAAUGACAAAAAUAUACCCAAUGCUGAUAACAGAGGAUUAGAGAUAACUCAAAAUAACCCUCAAGUGGAGCAGGAAAGCCUUUCAUCAAGCCCUGCUCCUAUUCCCUCUCAGAGCAAACUCCCAGCUCCUGAGAGCACUCCCAUAUCAGAACAAAGGGAUGCACAUGCCUUGGCUUCUUCUCAAAAAAUUGUGACAUCCUUGAACAAUGCUUCAGGUUUUAAUCAAGUGGAUAGCUCUACCAAAAUUGCAUCAAAGAAUGUGCCAGCUAAGCCUGGGAACUCAUCAUUUCUUCAGUUUGUGUUGAGCAGCACAAAUGUAUUGAAAGAGGAGACAGCUGGUGCUACUGCUGAUAAGAUACUGACUAGUCUCCUGUGUAGUGAAAAACCACUGACAGAUACAUCUGUCUCGAGUGGAAGCUUAAUAAAAGACACUAGUGAGAAGAACGUAGAAAGUUUGAAAGGUAAGCAGGCGCUUAUGGUUCACACAAACUCUCAUGUAUCAGAAACAACCAAAUCUGGUGAAGCUAAGUUCCAAAGUGAUGUAGCUCAGAAAAAAACGCCAUUUACUGAAAAUACAUCUUCUAAACAGAGCAAUUACAGUUACUCUGCGGAAGAGCUAACUGCAUGCCUGGGCUUGUGGAAAAAGCAUCCGUCAGAAUCUCUAAGUGUGCAAAAUAGCCAGUCAAAUGAAAACCCUACAGCACACCAGAUUUCAUCUUGCAGCCAAAACACAAAAAAUAGAGAACAAAAUAAUGUUCCGGUUAGUACAGACGAAGCAAUUUUGCCUGUACCAACUGCUUCUGCAGGACAAAAACUUGAUACCCUGAGUUGCAAUUUGAUAAAAAGUUUUGAACUCCAAGUUGCAGUUGUCUCUCCUUUAGUACUUUCUGAACAGAGAACACAGAGUGAGCAGGCAGACAAAUGUCCAACAUCUGCAAGUAAAACCUAUUCAGUGAUUGACUCAGGAAGCACAUGUAGCUUGCAAGAAGAGGGGAAAGGUGAUUUAAGUGUGGUAAAUACUGAAAAAGGAACAGUAAAAAAUGUUCAGUCGUCACCCAGUGAUUGUGUUCUGGUACAGAAAGUGGACUCAUGUUUGCAACAGACCAAAUUAGCUGAUGGAAACAGGAUUGUAAAAACCAGUGUGAGUGCAAAUGAUUCAUAUGAUGGAAACCAAAGGAAAGUUAGUCAGUCUGCACAAGAUGCCAGAGGAAAUCUGCAGCUUGAAUUACAAAACAAGCCUUCUCUUCCUGAAUUGGGCAUAAAUUUUUCUAGUCAAAUCUUUCAAGAAAGUAUGAGAGACCAUAAAGACAAGCAAGCUAUGUUAAAGACAGGAGAUACAUCCACAGCUGUGUUGGAAGAACAAAUGUUUUGUAUUUCUGGUGUAUGUUCUCUUGUUGAAGGUGAUACGUUUUAUAAUCCACAAAUAGCAAGUAUCUUCAGGUCAGUCCCUGAGACACACACGUUAAAUGAUACCUUAUCAGAAGGAAAUGGAUCAGACCCAAGGCAAAAGGAGCAAUGGCUGGACUUGUAUAAAAAUGAGCUGAGCAAUAACACUCCCCAAAGAGAGAGCUUGCUGCAAAAGAUGUUGGAAGAAUCACCAAGCUGCAUGAGUAAAGCAAGUAAGGUUUUGAAUGGUGUUACAACUGGUCAUUUGGAGAAACAAAGCAGUGGCAAUCUCCUUAAACCAGUUUCUACCUCAGAACAAAAAAUGUCAUUGAAUGCAUCUUUCAAGCAUCCUGAAAAUGACUUGGAAUUUCUUGGUAGUAUAAACCAGGAAUUAGCUCAAAAUUCACUAGAUUUCUUGAUCACCCUAACUGCUGAAACAAAUGCAUUCGCUGUUCCAAGAGACAACAGUAAACAAAAUCACAUGUCCAGUAACAAUAGCACAGAAAAAGAGAUUAGCAUUUUUGGAGCAGAACCUGUUAAAUGUCUAAACAAUCAGCUGUCUGCACUAGUGAAAGAGUUUCCAUAUGGCAUUGAAGGUGCUGAUAUGCUAACAAAAGAACCAGUAAAAAAUGAUUCUGUGGCCGAGCGGGUGGAGAAUCAACCUCAAAAAGAGACUCAAAUUUGUGGCAAGAAUUCUCACUUGAAGGACCCAGUAGAUCAGAUAAAAGUUGCAGUGUUAAGCUCUGAUCAGAUGGAAGAACUGUUUCCUGAACACAGCCAGUAUUCCUCUAGCGACAGCAAGACAGUAGCGAGUCAAGAUUCAGAAAAAGCUUCAGCUGAGAAGGAGAACCUUGAAGGUAGCGUUCAGCCUGGUCAGAGUCUAUGCGAGAAGAAAAUAACAUCACAAAACACCUCCGACCCCAGGGCGAAAAAAAACCCUGGUAGUCAACCCAUUAAAGAACAAUCUGUAGCAUGUAAAAUGCCACAGUGCCCCUUGAAAUUUAGAACGACUGGUUCAGGGAAAAAUGAUGAUCAACUUUCAAAAGCUGAAAAUACUAGCUCUGCAGAGGGACAAGAAAACAGUGGUAAAUCUGAUGCUAUAAUAAAGAACAACUGUGCAGUUGGAAACGUGCCAAUUUUGGAAAAAAUCCCAAACAGUGUUAGCAAAAAUAAAAAAGAUAUUUGCAAAUACACCUCUGUAAUGAACAAAAAAGCUAGGCUAAAUGUGAAUAAUGAAUACAAACUGCUUGCAACACAACAGGAAAAAAUUAGACAACUUAAUUCCUCUGAAAACCAGGAUGUUGAUAAAUCUAAAAGGAGCAGCUGGAAGGAGGAGCUGCAAAUCAACAGAGGAACCCCAUUGAUAGGCAAAGAAUUUCUUUCUGACAAAAAAGAAUGUCAGACAGCCUCAGAAGAGUUGUCAGAGAAAGCUGAUCAUACAGAUGCAGACAACAUGACAAAGUCAUCCAAAAAGAAAGAGAGAGUUUUCAAAAUGGAGUUACUUUCAAAAGAUAAAAUCAAAACAGGUUUGGCCAUGAAAUCCAAAACAGAUGUUCACAAAUUUACAAAGUCAGAAUCUGUUGAAAUUAAAUGCACUGAAGUCAAUCAAGGACAAAAAAUUAAAACCCGUGAAGAGAACUCGGCUGGAGAACAGAACUGUAGGAAACAGAAGGAGAUACUUGGGCAAGAUGUAGGAAUUAACAUCAAGGAGAAAGCAAAAUUAUCAGCAGAAAUAAAACAUAAAAAGCUGAAUAGUUAUCAUGCUGAUGCUGUGAAAUUCCCAAAUUUUGGCACUGUAGACUUAAGGUCAAGAAACCACAAAUAUUCUCAACAUAAAUCUAUGAAAGUUCAUUCUUCACAGGAGCAGUCAUACAAACGGAAGAGGAAGGAAAAUAUGAUUGGAAAGAGAGACCCUAAGAAAACAAAGGUGGAAGAGGAAAGACUGAAACAAUCUGAAGCAAAGAAUUCCAAGCAGCUUUCACAUAAUUCCAUGAUAAAUACUGACAAAGCUAAAAAAUUGAAUGGAGAAAAUGGCUGGAAACCGAAGAGUUCAUUAGCAGAUCGCUCUGUGCUUAAACGACAGAGAAAAAGGGCUCGAUCUUCUACGAUUUCUAAAAACUACUUUUCUAACAAAGAGAGACGUCUCGAUGGUCAAAACAAAGACAAGUGCUCUGAGAAAAUGUUUUCUGAUAAAAACCUGCUAUACUUAAAUAGAAGAAAUAAUAGAUUAAAAUUACAUCUUCAAAAGGAACCAAAAAAACACUAUCUCAAUAGAGUUGCAUUUAAACGUACGACACAGGAACGCAUAUAUCUGACAAAAUUAGAGACAUCACCUGUCAGACCUGUCUGGCAUACAAAGGCCAAAGUGUCGCAAAACAGCCCAGAUGCGAAAAGGGAUGCUUCUGUCUCAGAAGUUGAGAAAUCAUGCAAACGGGAAGUACUUGAAUUUAAGCUGUGUCCAGAGAUACUGUUCAGAAAUCCAACUACUGACGAAGAAAGCUUAGCUGCAAAGAAUUCCCUGGAAAGAGAGAAAGCCAUUGUGGCAGGUGUCAAAAGUAAAAAAGAAGAUUGGUUAAAAUGUGAUCCAGUGAAGCAAAAAAAGAUAGAAGAGAUCUCUACAGCUGAGGGCAAUAUUCCACUUGAUACAGCUAUACAGAUCCUGGACGGAGGUGGUGAGGCUCUUCACAUUCCAAUCAAAGACUCAAGAGAGGUGUUUCAGACCUACAGGAAAAUGUAUCUGGAAAAAAGAUGCAAAAGCCUUGAUAACACUCCUGUAUCAUAA